AGAGGAAGUUUGUCUUCCUCCUCUCAUCACUGGGAGGAUCUCACACUUCACCUCCUCAGUAACGGAGAGCUCAAACAGACGGACAUGUAAAAGUAAGAUGUUGAAUCCAUCGAGCCCAGCCCAGAAGACACUCAGUGAGGAGGACAGCUCUGGAUCUGAUGUGGGGUCAGAGGUUGGAUUAGAACAUGAGACAGAUCGGUUUGGCUUCAUUCUGACCAAUGGAUCUACAGCUAGUGUCAGGAGUGCAGGUCCGCCUCCUGAGCUGGUGAGACAGAGGGAGGCCAAGUGGAUCCACAUCAUUGGACAAUGGGAUCGAAUCUUACUGAAGAAGACCAGUAAGGUUAAGAUGCAAUGUCAGAAAGGCAUCCCCGCAUCCCUGAGAGCCAAGUGCUGGCCACUGCUGUGUGGAGCCACUGACAGGAUGAAACAAAACAAAGAUCUCUACAAGUCUCUGGACUCACAGCCUGCUCUGCAAAGCUGGGUGGACGUGAUCGAGAGAGACCUGGACCGACAGUUCCCUUUCCACGAGAUGUUUCUUUCUAAGGACGGGCAUGGGCAGCGGGGUUUGUUCCGGGUGUUGAAAGCCUACACACAGUUCCAACCAGAGGAGGGUUACUGCCAGGCACAGGGGCCGGUGGCUGCAGUGCUGCUCAUGAACAUGCCUGCAGAGGAGGCCUUCUGGUGUCUGGUGCAGAUCAGUGAGCAGUACCUACCUGGAUAUUACAGCCCUCUGCUGGAGGGGGUCCUGUUUGAUGCAGCCAUGCUGACCUGGGUGUUGAAAAGGACGUGUCCAUCUGCACACAAACACCUGCAGCACUUCGGUGUAGAGCCCCUCAUGUUUGCAACAGACUGGCUCAUGUGUCUGUUCACACGCCACCUGCCCUUCAACACCCUGCUGCGAGUCUGGGACCUAUUUUUCUGCUACGGGGUGCGGGUGCUGCUCCAGGUGGCGGUAGUGUUGGUACGUCGGGUGCUGGGCCGGGCUGAGCAGAGGAAGCAGUGUCAGGGUCAGAUGGAGACUCUGGAGAGGCUCAGGAGCAUCAGGGAUGAGGUCCAGGAGGAGGACGAUGCCUUCAUAGCAGAGGUGUGCUCUGUGCCAUUGUCAACCAGAGAUUUGCAGAGGCAGACAGAAAAGGAGCUAGAGAAGUGGCGGAAAGACAAGCCCUCCUCCACCUUUGACCCCAGAGGUCGUUGCCAAGGAUACCAGAUGGCGUGGACGAAGGCUCGACAGACCAAGGAAGAAUGGGAGAGGAAAGAAAGAGAGAAAGGGAACCUUUCUGUUCCAUUGGCUCGCUCGGCCUCCACUCUGUCGCUGUCCCCGUCACUGCUUCAUAAGAGGUGGAGGAAAGGUGGAAAGGCCAACGCUGGCGAAUGGGAAGGUGGCAGCAAAGUCGUCAGGCAUCUUUCAAUGCGGGCAAAAGAGGACUGGCAGAGCUGGACUGAUUUAAAUUUCAGAAAAGUGCAGGGCGUUAAGGAGGAAGACGAUGUAGUCUUUGAAGAACAAAAAAAACAGAGCAAGCCAGAACUAAAACAAACUGAGCAAAAAGAAUGUAUAGAAGGAAGUAAAAGCCAAAGCAUCACAACACAGAAAACAGAAACAAUAGUUGAUUUAAAGAGAGAAGUGGAAGCAAGAGAGCCUGAACAGCAGGAAGGGCAACCUACAGGGGAAGACAACCUGCAACCAGUAGGUGUAGAAAAUUCACCUGUAGAGACAGACACAACCCAUUCACCAGCUGAAGAACAGUCAUGUAACAAACAGGAAGAGGAGCUGGACUCUGACAGCCAAUCACAAAUACCAAAAGAGCUGAGUCAGAAAACUGAGGAGCAGGAAACUGAGGUUUGCGACAUAAAGGAAGAAACAGAAACACAUGAAAGUGAAUGCACAGGUGUUGUAGAAGAAAAUCAGACUGAAAUAACCACAAAUGCAGAGACAGAGAUGCAAGUAAGUGUAGAGACCAGUGAGGAACCAAUAGAACAGAUGGAUAAAAAACCAGAGGAGAGAACAGAAACUGAAAAUGUACAAAAACAGGUCGACACAGUCGUUGAUGUAACAACAGAAACUGAGCCACAAGUAAUAACUGAAGCAAGUCCAGACUCAGAGAGUGAUGCUGAAGCUCUGGCUGAUAAAAACACAGAUGACACAGCUGACGCUGUCACACAUCAAGAAGGCACAGAGACUGAGAAUUCAUUUGAGGUGAAAUACCAAAGUACUGAGUCAUUAACAGAACUACAAGUGAAAGAGGAGCCCCACACCCAAACAGGCACAGAGACUGAUGUACUGGCACAGAUACAAGUAGAAAAUGCAGCCACGCUGGAUGAAUCUGAGACUGAAAUAGAUUUGCAGCAACACAGUGUAAUUCCACUUGAAGACAUGACAGCAGAAGCAGAAACAAUAGAGACUUCAGAUGAUUGCAUUCAACAAGAAGAAAGUGCUGAUGUAGCUGAGAAUGACACAGAAGUAAUAGGUACAGAUAAAACAGUGACAGAAUCAAAUGAUACAUCUGAGCCUCCGCAGCCAAAAGAGGACAUUUGUUUGACGGUACAUUCGAUGGCAGAGGUUGAGAAUGAUGUAAGUAUCUGUGAUCAAAAUGAAACAGAGGAAGCACCUGUAGAAAGUCAGAUCGCUAAUGCUACUGUUGCUCCUCCACACAAUAAGGAGACAUCAACAAAACCAGCAACGCCGAUUCUCACCUCAGAGCCUGAUGGGAAAAUAGCACAAAUAGGUACCUGUGAUGAGUCUGUAUCCGAAACAACAAAAGUCCAAGAGGAUUUAGAGGAACAAAGGAAAGGAGACAUUCAAGAAGAGGAUGAUGACUAUAUUUCUACUCUUAACACUCCACAACUAGUGGAGAAUUUGCACACUGACAAUAACCCACAGGUACAAAAUAAAGAGGAGUCUGACCUGGUGAAAGAAGAGAUUCAAAACUGUGGGCGCCGCAGCAGCCGGUCGUCUGGUGAUUUCUGUUUGCGUAAAUCAGCCAGUUCCCGAGAAUCUAGAUUGGCACGGAAACUUUCUGAAGAUCUCUUUACCACACCACAGAAAACUAACCAACCUGUAUUAAAUCCUCCAGAUAAGGUUAAGCUUGCAGAGUUGAAAGGCAAUCCAGGAGAUGUAAAUGCAACGCAAAGUCCUUCUAGUGUCAUCAGGUCUACAGAGUCUUUAAGUAAGAGUGAACAUGAUGACCCUCCAUCACUAUUAGCAGAAAUAAAUGAGGAAAAGCAGCCACAAACCCCACCUAAACGUUUUGGUCUGUUUCGCAGACUGAGAGGAGAUCAGCCCAAAAAGACUAAGACAAAAGCAACACCCAAAAUGCAGGUCCCCAAAAUCUUAAUUCAGGACUUCAGUGACGAGGUGGGGAUAGGAAAACCCGCCGAGGUUGAAGAGGAGGAGAAACUGAGCUCCAAAGAGAGGAGGAGGAGGAGGAGGGAGAGAGAAAGACAGGAGAAAGAAGAGGAGAGGCUGAGAAAGAAGAAAGAGAAGGAGUUGGAAAAGGAGAAAGAAAGAGACAGGAGGAAACCGCAGACAAGGGGCAAAAGUUUUCAGGUGCAAACGGAAAAAGGCAGGACUCAACUUGCUGCCAACACUGGCUCACAGACACUUAGAUAUUCUGCUUCUUUUGCUGAAUCUUACUUCUGACCUGAGGAAUGGGAUCUGUAGCAGUUGUAGUUCUAGAGACAAUCGACAAUCCCCCUCUAGUAAAUCUUUCUUCUUCUUGAAGUUGCUGACAUGUAAAUAAAUAAUAAAUGUUGACAUCA